UGUGUUUAGUUUUUUCUAUCUCUAGUAAAUCAGAUUCUCACUUAAUCAAAUCGAACACACUUCACAAUACAGGUCCACUAUGCGUACAAGUUACAUUGUCGUUGGCAUUUUAUUUGGUACACAGUUCUGUGAUGGGGAGGAUUUAAACACGUUCCCUCCCCUUCUCUGCACUGGCUUCUAUAUAAAUUUCUGUGAGCUAUACAAACACAGGUAGAGGAAAGUGCGGCUCUAGAGAGCGACACACCACGGGACGUCUAGAAAGGACUCCAAAGAAAGUUAUUAGAAAAUAUACUAGUUAUAGUUAUAACGUUAUACUAAAAAAAAAAGCUGUAUUAGGUCAAGUUCAAGGCCCAUGAAAAUGAGUUCUACAAUAUAAGCAUUCCUACAAGUCGCCUGGACCUUGCCGUGAGGAACGAGCCUCUCUUUGGUUUGCUCCUUGAGACCCGCUGACAAUGGCCCUGCUCCGGCCACGCUACGUGAUUGACAGGCCCGCUUACUCCAUCCCGGACUUCGACCUCGACUGCAACAAGAAAAGCAGGAGCUAUCCCGCCGGGGCCAAAUUCAGGAAGCUCUUCAGAUGUUCAGGACCGCGGUUAAAAGCCCUCCUGCUCGGGCUCUUCCCCAUCCUCACCUGGUUUCCGAAGUACAAGCCCAGGGAGUCUCUGCUCUUCGAUGUUCUUAGUGGGGUCAGUGCCGGGACCAUCCAGGUGCCUCAGGGUAUGGCUUUCGCUCUGCUGGCCAAUCUACCACCUGUCAAUGGGCUCUAUUCAUCCUUCUUCCCUCUCAUCCCCUACUUCUUCAUGGGCUCUAUCCACCAAAUGGUACCAGGCACCUUUGCAGUGUUGAGUAUCAUGGUGGGGGUAGUCUGUACGGACCUGGCCCCGGACAGCAAGUUCAUGCAUUUUAACGCCACCUCGAACAAGACAGUGCUGAAUGAGACGAUGAUGAAUGCAGCUCGCAUGGGGAUUUCCGGAACCCUGGCCUGCCUCACUGCCCUCAUACAGAUAGCCUUGGGUUUUGUGCAGUUCGGCUUCGUGGCUAUCUACCUGUCAGAGUCCUUUAUCCGGGGGUUCAUGACGGCCGCCGGGCUGCAGAUUCUCAUCUCGGUGCUGAAAUACAUAUUCGGGAUUUACACCACUGUCUACAAUGGGCCGCUGGCCUCUAUCUACACUCUUAUCGAUAUCAUCACCUAUCUGCCCGAGACCAAUGUGGCCUCCCUGAUCUUCUCGCUGGUCACCUCUGUGACCCUUAUUGUGGUGAAGGAGCUCAACAUGCGCUACAAGAACAAGCUGCCCUUUCCCAUCCCCAUGGAGAUCAUUGUUGUCAUUGCUGCCACAGCUAUCUCCGGAACGCUGAAGUUACCAGAGAUAUACAAGAUGGAUAUAGUCGGGCAUAUUCCCCUGGGGUUACCCAUGCCCAUUCUCCCGAGGGUGAGUCUGUGGGGUGAGAUGAUUGGAACUGCCUUCUCCCUGGCCAUCGUGGGGUAUGUGAUCAACCUGGCCAUUGGCAGGACUCUGGCAGCCCGGUACGUCUACGACAUUGACUCCAACCAGGAGAUGGUGGCUCUGGGCUGCAGUAACUUUAUUGGGUCGUUUUUUAAUAUUCACGUAAUCUGCUGUGCCCUCUCUGUCACUCUGGCAGUUGACGCUGCUGGGGGAAAGUCUCAGUUUGCAAGUUUGUGUGUGAUGCUGGUGGUGUUGGUCACCCUACUGGCAUUAGGUGUUUACAUGAAGCCACUUCCAAAGUCUGUGUUGGGAGCGCUGAUUGCUGUGAACUUGAAGAAUACCUUGAUGCAGUUAUCCGACCCUUACUACCUCUGGAAAAAGAACCGAUUAGACUGUUUGGUGUGGAUCGUCAGUUUCCUCUCAGCCUUCUUCUUCAGUCUGCCCUACGGGGUCGCGGUGGGUGCGGGCUUCUCAAUGCUCGUGGUGGUCUUCCAGACACAGUUCCGGAACGGUUCUGCUCUCUGCCAGGUUGUGGGCACCGACCUCUACAAAAACCCCAAGGUGUAUAAUAAGGUCCAAGAAGUGAGUGGAGUGAAAAUUGUGACCUACUGCGCCCCUCUCUAUUUUGCUAACACUGAGAUAUUCUGGCAGAAGGUCAUCAAAAAGACAAGACUGAACCCUAGGAAGAUACUCCGAAAACAGAAAAAAUUCCUCAAGAAACAGAAACAGGAGAGGUUGAGGAACAAGGACUCCCUGGGAUGCAUGAAAGGCCAGACUGUGUCACUACAGGAGCUGCAGAGGGACUUUGACAGCAGCGCCGACACCAAUAACAAUGGGGACACUGGAGGGGUCAGGCACGUCGGCUACAUCAACUUCAAAUACGGGGGCCUGGAGACGAGUGGCUCUGCUGGGCCUGCCAGGCCCCCUCCACCUCCACCCCCACCCCCAACUCACCCUGUGUCCCUCCCCGUCCCCUCCACCCACACCAUCAUCCUGGACCUGGCUGGGGUCUGCUUUAUGGACCUCAUGGGGAUUAAGGCACUCACUAAUAUGAGCUCCAAUUAUCAGAAAAUAGGAGUCAGAUUAUACCUGGCCAACGUUCAAGGCCAGGUGUUUGAGGAGCUGGAUGCUGGAGGGGCGUUUGAGGAGAGCAGCCUGAGCCCGGAGCACUUCUUUCUCUCCGUUCACGAUGCUGUGCUGUAUGCCCUGGAGGAGGCGCGUGCGAGGGAGGAAUGCAAGGACAAGGAGGACUCUGCUCAGAAGGACCACGAAAAUGAAACAGAGGAUGAAGAGGACAGAGAUCUGGAAGCGGAAUUGUUUGGAUCCAUGUUCAAUAAAGGGGACCACGUCUCCUCGAGCCCCAGCAAUUGCGACGCACGGCAAUGAGGCGCAAGACCAAGACCUUGAGAGUCAACCAAUACAGCGAGACAGCAAUACAAGGCACUGUCUAUUUCUACAGCAGUCUCCUUUAAAAUAGAUUUAAAAAUGCUUUGAGGAUUCCCUGAACAACAAGCGCUGAAUACAGGGAAUUACCCUCUCUAUAAAUCCACUGACCAGGGACAUGACCAGCUGGUACAAUGUUUGCUUCCCCACAUUGCCCAGUGGCCAUGGCUCAGGUCUACCCUAAAAUUUCCUUUUCUCCUGGGGGGCAAGGAAGCAGUUCAGGAUCCAUGCCAGCUGGAGCCCUGUCCUCUCUUUCUUUCAUGCAUGCAAAUAAAUGUGGCGUUUUUUUUUUUUUUGAUGUUGCACAUUUAGAACCCAGCUUUGCUGCUGUGGUCUUGUGUUAGUGUUAGGGGUAUGCAACUCUGUUCCCAGGGGGCCAUUGGUUUCCAGUUUUCAUAAUGAGCUGUUUCAGUACUUUUUAGAAUUGACCAGAGGUUUAGUUGAAUCAGUAGAAAUUUAGGACAUGGAAGGAACAAAGGCCUGUACUGGAAGGACCACAGUUGCCUACCCUUGGUCUACUGGCUAGAUUUACAGACUGAGACAGGAGAUCCCUGGCUUGAAUUCCAUCCCAUUGUCACUUGACAUGCUUCAGUCACCACAGUCUAGCACUGAAAUCAAGGCUGAAGUCACUUAUGAUAAAAAAAAAAAAAAUUCCACUGUCAUUUUCUGAAAUGUUUUCUUUAAUGUGCUACUAAAGCCAGUUGGUAGAGUCAAAAAAACAACAUUAUUAACAAUGAAUAUGGUACAACUUAGCACCGCUGCACUAACCUGAGGCUGUCUGACAGCCUGAAAACAAGUAGUACUUUACUUAUUGCAAGUAUUCACACACUAAAGAAAUGAUUUGUACUGCCGAAUCGUGAUGAUUUUUCUCUUUGAUUUUUUUUUCUCUUUGUGUAAACAUGUAAACAAUCAAACUAUCAUGAAACAUUACUCGUGAUAGCGGGGAGCAUGUGUGUGUUCUCUGCGUGACUGCUGAAGGAGAUUCUAUUGAGAUCGUAGAGAGUUACUGCAUUCAUGUUUGAGUAUUGAUGUGCUGCAGUCUUGAAUAUUGAACUUUUUAUUAAAUACAUUAUAUUGAUUUUA